UCCAUGUGUAUUUCGUGUACGUGUGUGUUCUCUUGUUUUGAUGUGUUAUGGCGGUAUGAAUCGAACUCUGCUUUCGGAUGGAAAAGGCACGCUGGACCCAUUAAAUAACCACGUUUUCCCAGUGUGCUACUCAAGUUGGGAGAGAGGGUGAUGCAAUUUAGGUUUUAUAAAUUGGGAUUCCCCAGUUUUUAUUACACUGACUGACUGCUCGCGCGCAGAGUGGUUCGAUGCUGGCUGGCGUGGUGCGGGAACUCUUGGGAUGUAGCACUUGAUCUUGACCAUUUUUGAACGAGUUCCACAGAUGUGGUGCUUGUAUACUCAAUGCAUCUCUAGCUUGUGUCUCUCAGACUCGUGAGUUUCACUGACUCACUAAAUACUCAGAACUCCCACAUUACAUGCACAAGCUGACUUGGUUUUGGAGAGUUAUCCCUGUUACGAUAACGAAACUCAAAGAUGUCUUCCGGGGAUCAUAAGCCACCACUUUUAGAUCCGACGAUGUCGCAGGCCUCGGAUGGAGGGCUAAGCUCAUCGCAACCAUUGUCAGAUGAAACUUUUAAUCUACUUUGGCAGCAGAUAGCAACUGGAUCAAUUGACGGGGCCCUUACCACUGAACCUAUCAGCUGGAACUUUCAAGAUUUUCAAGGAGGUGACAUCAUUGAAGAUAGUCAGAUGAAUGUGGAACUCCAACAUCUUGAGUUUGCGCCAAAUUUUGAGGGAUUGGGCCCGCAGUUCUCACAGCAGACCCAGUCCUUCCAGCCGAAUAUGUUUCCGGAAAAUGCUGUCCCUGGUCCAGCCCUUACUGACCACACAGAGUAUCCAACAGAAGCAACAACUACCCCACCACCAACUAGUGCUGCAGCCCAAACCCUACCUAGCAAUGUCGACUAUCCCGGCGAGUUCCAUUUCGAAAUCUACCUCGGUCAGCCGACCUCUACUGCUGCCAAAAGUGUCAGCUGGACCUAUUCCCCAAGUCUAAAGAAACUGUUUGUAGACAAAGACAAGGCAUGUCCGGUGAUGUUCAAAACGUCUUCAGAACCUCCUCCUGGAAGCUAUAUAAGGGCCAUGCCAAUCUUCAAGAAACCUGAAUAUAUUCAAGAGCAAGUCCGGAGAUGUCCAAACCAUGCUGGACCCCCAUCAGAAGCAUCGUCCCAGCACAUCAUCACCUGCUCGGAACCUUCAGCGAUUUAUAGCGAGGACCAUUCAACUGAAAGGUUGAGUGUCACAAUGGAGUACAAGAUGCCUCAGAUUGGUACCGAGCACACUACCUACCUCCUCACCUUUAAGUGCUUUCUGUCUUGCGUCGGGGGUUUAAAUAGACGACAGAUCCAAACAGUCUUCACCCUAGAGAAUAAUGGCCAAGUCCUGGGCCGGCAAGUCAUUGAUGUCAGGGUUUGUGCUUGCCCUGGGCGAGAUCGGAAGGGUGAAGAAAAGCAACAGACAGACAAGCAGGCAAAGAAACCAUCCAAGAGAGGAAAUAACAAGGUAUCCCAGACCUUUAGUGUAACACAGAUGGGAGGAAAGCGGAAGAAGCCAGACGAGGAGAUAUACUACAUGGCUAUUAAAGGGAGAACAAAGUAUGAACUAUUGAUGAGGAUCAAAGAAUCCUUAGAUCUGAUGGAGUACGUGACCACUGACCAAAAGAAUCAGUAUAAGGCAGAUCAGAGCCAGUUCCAACAACAAAUACCAAAUAUGCCCCGAUUCAACUCCUACCCAAGCAACUCCUCCCAGCAACAGCCACAAGGUCCUUCUCCUCAAAUGCCUCCCCGUCUCAACAACCAGCCGUCCUUCCAGCGUCAAGUAACAGUCCCCACUGCUCUACUUGCUGCUCGGCAAGCUAACGGUCUCCAGCCCCAAGGUGUCCAGCCUCAAACAAACCACAUCAUGCGAGACCAUUGUGAUGGACCCAACCUGGAAGUUGACAACAUAGUGUCCUCGCAGGAGAUUUCCAGCAGUCAGAUGUUUGGGAACCAUGUGUCACCUAAAGGUCAAAGGUCAGAGGAUCUUGCUGGUACAGGUCAAGGGGUCAUAGCGGAGACGGCUGGUACAAGUCAAGCUAAUCAUGUGGAUUUAAGCGUUGAGACGUGGCUUUCCAAUCUGGGAUGCUCCCAGUAUUUGGAGAUCUUCUCAAAACGAGGAAUUCGUAGGAUUGAUCAACUGGAAGAGAUGAAUUUAGAGCAGGAUUUCUCUGGAAUAAUGAUGCGGCACGAGCAUCGAGAGAAAUUAUGGAAAGCCAUCUUGCAAAUGAGAAGUAGCCCGCUGUUCACGAGCACACCAAGCAGUAUGUUGCGUGCUAGUAGUAAUGCUUCUACAGCAAGUAUAGGCAGUUUGUCUGGUCUCUCGUCUUCUCAAGCUCAGAGAUACCAAGCAACGAGGUUCACUCUCAAACAGACCCUCUCCAUAAAAGUGAAAGAAGAAAAGAUGGAUAGUUAGUUCAAGACGAAUAGUCGGUGCAAAAGCGUUGUAUCUCGAUUUAUGUUGUAUCUGUGUGUCGGUGCAAACAUGUUGUAUCGCGAUUUUGCGAAAAUGUUGUAUCUUGAUUUGGCACAAAUUUUGUAUCGCGAUAUCGUGAAAGCAUUGUAUCGGAGUGUCGGUGCAAACAGGUUGUAUCUCCAUUUUGUUUUGCGUGUACAUUCGAGCUGUUUUAGUGAGAUACUUUCUUUAAACAAUUUGAAAUUGGCGUGUUAAGCAAGUGUAGGAGUUACAAAGUUUAAGUACUGAUAUGAGUAAGUUUCCAAUGAUUGUUAAUAAAACCCUGUGUUGGACGUUGGGCAGGGUUCAUCCAAACUUGUUGGAGAGGAUGCAAAACUGAAGUUAAGCCAGAAAUUUGUUUUCUGGUAAAGAUUUGAUGCUGUGUAAAUAAAUGGUCUUAUGCAUUUUGAUUUGGAUGAAGGAUUUGACUGCGUUGGACUUGUCAUGAAAAUACCUUGAUGUGCUAUUUGUAUAGGAUUACUAUUCGAUAAUGGUCAGUAAAACAUUGCAGAAACAUUGUUUGCUUGUUAAAUAAAAUGCUUCAGAAAGAGAGAUUGGAAACAUGUUUAACUUGCAAGGAAACAGUCUUCAAGGUGAGCUUUUUCGCCUUCUUUAUAAAUGCAUUGACAUCAUCCAGUCACCAUCUUAAAGGUUAUCUGAUGAUGAUAGUAUAGAAACAGACAGAUGUGUACGCAUGACGACGCACAGGAUGGGCCAGUGCCCCCCUCCACUAAGGAAAAGAGAUUUUACACAUGAUUGUACCCGCAAGUUUACUAUUUAUGGUAACUGCUUAGCACAUUCUUUGUUCUCGAGGAAGAAUGUUUGGAAAUAGUUUCUGAAAUUUCUGUGGUAACAUUCCCCCAAAAUAAUGAUAUGAGAUACUGUUACUGACAGAAUUCAAUUGUGUUCUGUUGAGAGACAAUUGGAUGAAAGCUCGGUAACUACAAAAUUGUUUUUAGGAAGUGGCAGUAAAACCAUUUGGAAGUGUUGGAAGAAUUUAACUUCUCUGAAAUGUUAACAUAUUGACAAAAAAUAAUUACCUCAAAUUAAAAACAUUUGUAUGAUGUUGUUAAAAAUGUAAGUAUGAGACUUUGAUAAUGAUUCUUAUAAAAAGGUAACUUUAGUCUUAAGUUUCUAGUACAAAAUUUGUAAGAGGAACACUCCUAAAAAACUCCUGAAAACAUAAUUAAUUGUUGUUAUAUAAUAUGAUUGUGUGAUACCCUUUUAAAACCUCUAGGUUAGGUUUUGAUACAUUAACAACUUAGUUUCAGGCCUGGAAUUGCAUCUUUUAGAGGGCAAGGCCAGUUUCAUUUUGUAAAGGGCACUUAUGGAGUCUAUGUGAAACCUUCGACGGGGCACCAAGUCCAUAACCGGGGCGACGGAGGGGCAACGACGGGGCACCAAGUCCAAAACCAGGGCAACAGAGGGGCAACGACGGGGCACCAAGUCCAAAACCAGGGCAACGGAGGGGCAACGACGGGGCACCAAGUCCAUAACCAGGGCAACGGAGGCCAUGGCGUCCAGGCCAAAUUUUUGUGGUUAUAGAAACGAUUGUCUUAAUUGAUGAUGGAAGAAAUGUUUGAUUGGUUUAGGAGAGGGAGCUGUCAAUACAGAAAAUUUUACAGCUCAAAUGCACAACUAUUGUAGGUUGUGGGUUCGAAUCCCACUGGAGUGAUUAGCCUGUGGAUUCUUUUCACAGAACUCAGGAAAGUACUGACUGUAGAAGGGUGCUUAGUACACAUUGGUGUAUUAGUAAAAACAAAUGAUAUCCUCGUAGUGGUAGCAUGGUCAGAAAGUUGUCAACUUUUGGGGGCUUGCAGUGAGCUUGAAUCUCAAAACACUAAGAUUUAUCUUAAGAUGAGUUGUUAAUAUCGCCAUGGUGAUUUGUAAGAUCAAUCUUAGCGCUGUGUGUUGAGGUUCAGACUUCUGGUUGUGGUAAGACAUUUAAUAUGCAGUGGUGCGUAAUUGGUUUUGCUAUUUAAAAAAACAUGAGACACAAACACAAGUCAAUUUGUAAGUUAUUGUUAAAAGUCCACUCGCUAAAAGUAUCAUUUAAUAUUUAUAGAAAAUAACGAAACCUGUAAAUUCUGUUUUGAACACAGUAAUAGUUUUGUGGCAGAUUGAAUGAAAACUAGACUAGGUUAUUCUAGUUUUAUACAAGUUGUAGUUUUUCUUGUCAAAGAAUUAUCCACAUAAUUUGUUGUUAUUGAUGUCUUUAACAGAGUUGGGAGUUGAUUGGUUCUUGUAAAUGUCCUUUCAACUGAUGAUGAAACCAAUGUUACCUUCACUUUAAUUUACUCCUAAAUAGCGCUCAGGUUUUGCUGUAUAUCAUGUAUUAUAGGGGCCUAUGAUAAAUGCCUUGUUAUUUGUACCUCUGUUAUUAUGCCUUUCACUGUCUCAAACCUAAACAUUGACUUCCAAACUUUUCGUUUUAUCAUUUUUUGUAAGGGUCUGGAUUGAAAACAAAAGAAGACGUGAGUUAAUUAUUGUGAUGUUUGGAGCUUUGCAUAUGGUGUGGAAAAUAAGAAGUAACUAGAAACUUGCAGGUACAACCACGUGUUCAACUCUUUUCUGGAGGAGCGUUGGCUCUGAAAUGAGCCAGUGUGGUCUUGACGUUUUGAACAGUAUACUGUGCUAGUCUUCAGGAGAAAGAAGCAAGCAGAAUAAAGUGUAUACUGUUAAAAAUGCAAGACCACGCCGGUUCUUUUCAGAGCCAACACUCCUCCUGAAAGAGAUUUACACAUGGUUGUACCUGCAAGUUUACUAGUUAAAGUUAAUUCUAUUGCCAAGAUUUAAGAGAGUUCAGAUUGAGAAGUUGAAGAUCUCGCUGUGUACAGCUGUAUAUAUAUGCAUCUUAUUUUUUCUACAUGUUUAUUGAGAUUUUUAAGAGUUUCAUCAUGGAUAUCUAUGCGAAAAAGGGCAUGUUUUUCUUCUAUUUGCCAAAUUGAUUUGUUUGUCUUUUUCGUUUUAUUUUCAAGUAUUAAGUAGGGGUAGCGUUGUUUUGAAAGGUUUAAGACUUCAUCAAGGUGGGGCCAUCUUGGAUAUCUCAAGAUUGCUAAGUGUAAUGGUCUGGCUGUGUUUUGGUGAGAGAAUAAUUGGUAUUCUUGAUUGGUUUCUGUAGUCUUGGAACUUGACAAAGAUAACUGCAAAACAUCUUGGAAUGAAAAAUGUGUAAUGAAAUUUCACAAGGUUGGUGACAUUGUGUCUAAGACCAAAAGUAAUUAACCUUACAAAUUCGCUAAGCAGAAAAACAGUUUAACUGGUACAAAUACCAUGUAAUGUGUAUUGUUUGUGACUUGUUUCCUGUUAAAUUGUGCUCAGCAGAGAAACACAAGUUUUGCUUCCAAGGUUUCUGAAAGUGUGUUCUGGCUUGCUACAUGUUGUAUACUGUACGUGUAACAUACAUGUAGGCAUGUGAGUGUAAACCCAUGUCUUAACUCCCCUUGCGUUCUGAGAUGUACAUUUGUAAAUGUAACAAAAUAAGGUAUGACAUUUUCUAUAUUUGUGUCAAAAAAAAGUAGAGUUGGCAGUUAUCACUGUUAACAAUCAUAAAAAGAUAUUUAACUUGCAAAAAAGGGUAACUUUGUUGUGGUUGUUAUGAACAAAGAGUUAUAUGAAAUGCUGCAUAAAUGUAUUUUUUGGCUUUUUGUACCUUGAAUGUUUUUGAUCAUCUUCCUUUUGAAACGGAAUGAUCAGCUCGGACCAAUUUCUUAUUUCUUCAUAAG